AGUAGGCGUCGCACGCCCAACAGUCGCUGGUCGUCGAUCGGACGUUGUACGUCGUAUAGUUGUUAGCAAAAGCUCCAUUACUUGCUUUCGCCAACUAUCGAUCGCCCCGUGGCUAUUCCUAGCUCCGUUUUCUAAGAAGACAACAACGAACAACCUAUAAUACAAAAUGCGUGAGUGCAUCUCAAUCCACGUUGGACAAGCCGGAGUGCAGAUCGGUAAUGCCUGCUGGGAAUUGUAUUGCCUGGAACAUGGCAUCCAGCCGGACGGUCAAAUGCCGUCUGACAAGACUAUUGGAGGUGGAGAUGACAGCUUCAACACCUUCUUCAGCGAAACUGGUGCUGGCAAACAUGUACCCAGGGCUGUCUUUAUCGAUUUGGAACCUACUGUAGUUGAUGAGGUUCGCACUGGAACUUAUCGCCAGCUCUUCCACCCGGAACAAUUGAUCACUGGCAAGGAGGAUGCUGCAAACAACUAUGCUCGUGGUCAUUACACGAUUGGCAAGGAGAUUGUUGAUCUUGUGCUGGACCGCAUUCGCAAGCUUGCAGAUCAAUGUACUGGCCUGCAAGGUUUUCUCAUCUUUCAUUCGUUCGGCGGUGGCACUGGCUCUGGUUUCACAUCUCUGUUGAUGGAACGUUUAUCCGUUGACUAUGGCAAGAAAUCGAAACUCGAGUUUGCCAUUUAUCCCGCACCACAAGUCUCUACUGCCGUGGUUGAGCCGUACAACUCCAUUCUGACGACACACACCACUCUUGAACAUUCCGACUGUGCAUUUAUGGUUGACAAUGAGGCGAUCUACGACAUUUGCCGUCGUAAUUUGGACAUCGAGAGGCCGACCUAUACCAACUUGAAUCGCCUGAUAGGUCAGAUCGUAUCGUCUAUCACAGCCUCUCUGCGGUUCGAUGGUGCCCUGAACGUCGAUCUGACUGAGUUCCAGACCAACUUGGUACCCUACCCAAGAAUCCACUUCCCCCUGGUGACGUAUGCGCCCGUUAUCUCAGCCGAGAAGGCUUACCAUGAGCAGCUCUCCGUCUCGGAGAUUACAAACGCCUGUUUCGAACCGGCUAAUCAGAUGGUCAAAUGUGACCCGCGCCAUGGCAAGUACAUGGCCUGUUGUAUGCUGUAUCGUGGCGACGUCGUACCCAAGGAUGUCAACGCGGCAAUCGCUACCAUCAAGACGAAGCGUACCAUUCAGUUCGUCGAUUGGUGUCCCACUGGUUUCAAGGUCGGCAUCAACUAUCAACCGCCGACCGUCGUACCCGGCGGUGAUCUUGCCAAGGUCCAGCGCGCCGUCUGCAUGUUGUCGAACACCACUGCCAUCGCAGAGGCCUGGGCCCGUUUGGAUCACAAGUUCGAUCUUAUGUAUGCUAAGCGCGCAUUCGUUCACUGGUAUGUCGGUGAGGGUAUGGAGGAAGGAGAGUUCUCCGAGGCGCGUGAAGAUCUUGCUGCGCUCGAGAAAGAUUAUGAAGAAGUCGGAAUGGAUUCCGCCGAAGGCGAGGGCGAAGAGGGCGCCGAAGAAUAUUAAAAUGCCGACCCCCCCCCCCCCUAUCUCAUGGCUUUGAAAAUAUCUCCAUGUGUUUUGAAAUAAAGUAACUGAAUGCAUUUGCAACGCAA